AGUGGGUUUGUUCUUUCUAAUAACCAAAACCCGAAAUUUCCCCUCAAAAGAAAACCCUCGUCUCUAAUACAUACAGUUUCUUCUCUACUCGUUUUGAUUCAACUAUUUUGUGUUUCAAUUUUUGGAGUGAGAAGAAGAAGAAGCGAUGGGAGAAAGGAAGGUGUUAAACAAGUAUUACCCGCCGGAUUUCGAUCCAGCGAAGAUUCCUCGGCGAAGACAGCCAAAGAAUCAGCAGAUGAAAGUGCGUAUGAUGCUUCCUAUGAGUAUUCGUUGUGCUACUUGUGGUAAUUACAUCUAUAAGGGUACUAAAUUCAAUUCCCGCAAAGAGGAUGUCGUUGGCGAGACCUACUUGGGGAUACAAAUCUUUAGAUUCUAUUUCAAGUGCACAAAGUGUUCCGCGGAAAUUACUUAUAAGACAGAUCCCAAAAAUUCGGAUUAUACUGUUGAAUCUGGAGCAACCAGGAAUUUUGAGCCUUGGCGUGGCAAAGAUGAGGAAAUGGAGAAGGAGAAACAAAAAAGAGAUGCUGAAGAAAUGGGUGAUGCAAUGAAGUCAUUAGAAAAUAGAACCCAGGAUUCGAAAAGAGAAAUGGAUAUUCUUGCUGGUUUAGAUGAAAUGAAAUCUCUGAAGUCAAGACACGCAACUGUAAGUGUUGAUGCGAUGCUUGAAGCUUUGCAACGGUCACACGAGUCAAAGGAGAGGAAGAUGGAGGAAGAAGAUGAAGCUCUUAUACGUUCACUUUUCCAGGGAUCAAGAGAGAUUGUUAAAAGAAUCGAUGAUGAAGAACUUGAGGAUGACGACGACUUAGCUUUCUUUACCCCUGAAAGUGCAGGGUCAGAAAACAACUCUCUUAAGAAGAGAAAGGUUUCUGAGGAACCUGAUGAAAAGCCCACAGAUAUUUUGACAAAAGCCAGUAGUACUGGCAGCUCUAAAAACGAAGAUAAAGCAUCCGCAAGUGAUAAUAAAAUCAUUUUGAAGUCCUCAUCUGUCAAAAUAUCCAUAGUCAAGAAGCCAGUCUCGGACUCCAACAGCAAGAAGGCAUUUGAAGGAAACAAGCAAGACGCCCAGAGCACUGGUGCUGCGACAAGCAGUAGUCUACUCUCGCUAUGUCAACAGUAUGAUAGUGAUGAAGAUGAUUGAUUCAGUGAUCCCUGCAACUUUUAUAUGUCCAGCUAUCCGCCAAAUUUAUUAGUCGCGGGGUGUGAUUUUCAUUGGGCAUGCUCUUUCCAUGGGCACUUGAAAUGUAUCUCUCUGCAAACCGGCCGUCUGUAGGUAUAAGAUAAGAAUGAGUAUCCUCUACGGUUGAUGCUCCAAAUCUUGAGCCGAUUCUCGUGUCAAUUGAAGGGUCUUUUAUUACUGCUUAAUUGGGAUGUAACGUUGUUAGUCAUUGCGCUGGUCAUUUUUUUACAUUUUUACAACUAUCUCAAUGGUUCGAAAAAGUACUCCUGCAUGUAAAGCAGUUCCCUCCAUGGUUAGUGCAUGUAACAA